AUGGGAAUAGUAGUCAUAGAAUCUCCUGUAUUCCUGGAAAGGAAACAAGGAAAAGUCAUAAGAAGUUCUUGCUCGGCCUCUAAAAAGUUGUUUACCUGACUUCAUCUACAGUGUGUAAAGCGAGAAAGGUUGAAACGAAAAACAGAUCCCUCUCCUCUUCUCCAGAUGUCUCUGAUGGAGGACGGUGGUGGCGCCCACAACAGGCCGGUGACGGCAGUGGCCUGGGCCUCCAACAGCAGCACCUGUCCCAAAGACUUCAACCUGAUUAGUAUAACUGAGGAUGGAGCUGCUGCAAACUUCACACGGAGCUUCGCCAUGAAGGCUGGCUACUACCUCUGCUACAGCAAGGACAUGUCAGGUGGUAUGGUAGUAUCAGAUGUCCAGGUGAUCUCAGACAAGGAGACUGUUCCUCAUGGGUACUGUUACAUACCUGAACACCUGGAGCCUAGGGCCUCCGUGUCUAAGAAGAAGCGUGUGUGUGUCCGCAUGGUGCCAGUGGGCGGUGUGGAGACUGCUGUACUGGACAUCAAACUGACUGCUAAGACUAGGAGGAUGCUGCAACACUACACCUGCUUAGGGGACAUGCAUGGCUAUGUGAUGUGGUGUAAGAAGGGGCCCUUCUCCAGCCCUCUACCCCAGGCAAAGCCUCGCAGCCUCAGCCUUGACCUCCGUCAGCUCUCGAUGGACCAGAACCCCCCUCCGCUACCCCUCAGACCCAGCAACGCUCCACCCAUGCCCCCUGGCAGGAAGCUCAGCCAUCGCCGCAGCAACCUCCAAUUGAACGACGCUGUGGACAAAGUGGUUGACAGCAGCAACAUCUACGGCAUCUCAGCCAUAGACGGUGUUCCCUUCACUCUACACCCCAAGUUCAAGACCCAAACGAACGGCACGACCCCAACAAACACUCUGAACAACAUUCGCAUCAAGUCUGUCCAGGACAUUGAAAAUGAGUACAACUACACUUUCACCGUGGAGGAAAACGCAGCCAAGAGAACCACACCUCUCACCACAGGAAGCACCUCUUAAGCUCAAUGACCUUUCAUCUCCGACCUCAACAACGGCGGCCUGCUCGACCCACAACUCUACGGAGGUCAAUGUGAUAUGUGCCUGGGUCAUGAAAUGAUAAUCAAUGUCCAAGUGCCUAGAAGAUGACUGACUAGAACAGAAGAGUCAUUCUACAUUCCAGAGUUCCUUUGUUGUUCCCACAUUCUUAUUCCGUGUUCUAAACUCUUGCACAUUUCAUUCUCACGCCCCGUAUAUGGGGCCAGUUAUAUAUGUGAGAGAUGACUCUUCCCCCGUAUAUGGGGCCAGUUAUAUAUGUGAGAGAUGACUCUUCCCCCGUAUAUGGGGCCAGUUAUAUAUGUGAGAGAUGACUCUUCCCCCGUAUAUGGGGCCAGUUAUAUAUGUGAGAGAUGACUCUUCCCCCGUAUAUGGGGCCAGUUAUAUAUGUGAGAGAUGACUCUUCCCCCGUAUAUGGGGCCAGUUAUAUAUGUUAGAGAUGACUCUCUGAUGGGGAAGAGAGCGUUGUUUGGCAGGGCAUGCUUGUUUCUCUCGUUAGAAUAAUGGAAGGAACCUGUUGCGGUGUACCUGUUAACGUCAGGCUAUUGAUCUUCAUCUUUAUUGGGAUGUUUAGGGACCAAACUAAAUGUUGUUACACUUUCAAUGUAAAUAAUGUUACUAUUAUGUCUCUGUGGUGAAACAUGGGUCAUUUCAUGGUUAAAAUAUAUAAUAAGGAAGUAUGGUUACCGGUCAGUGGUUAUAUCUGUAUAUUGUGCCUUGCAUGCAAGUAUAAACAAAUAAAAUACCAAAUAGUU